AAUUCACUUCUAAUCUUCUUAAAAUACGACAUCAUAUUUCACAAAACUGUUUACUUAUAUAUGUAAUUCUAAAAACUAAAAAUUAUCUAUUAGUAUAAUUACACCUAAUUUCAUGCCAAUUAAUUAUCAUAGAGGGGCCGUUUUAAUUAUGGGGAUAUUAUUGGAGGAGGUCAUAGUUUUAAUUUACUUUCCAUUGUACGAUUUAAUGUUAAUCAGUAAAUCGUCUUUUGUUGUACGUACGCAUUGACUUAAAUGUUCGUCAAAUGAUAAAAAUGAUUGAAUGUUGUAGUAAACUCUUACAUGUUAAAUUAAAUUGAAUCUUUUGGAAUUUUUUCAAACUCCGAGCAUAAAAUAUUCGAAUGAAGUUCAAAUUUGAUAUUAAUUACUAAAUACGUAAAAGUGAUUUCGAUUUCUAAUUAAAUGAAUCAGAAUUUUAAUGGAAAUGAAUUUUAACAAAGUGUGGUCUUUUAUUAGAUUCAAACAAAUGUCAAAUUAAGAUAAGUUUCGAAAAAUAUUUUAUAUCUUGAAAGAGUUGUAAAGUUUUAUUUUUACUCUAAUUAAAAUUUAAUAAUUUAUUUGUUAUAGGAUCUUUUUCCACUUGUAAGCGUUGGAUUGCGCAUAUUUUAUGAUUAGAAGUAUUGUUGAGCAGGCUAAUUAAGUAGGAAAUGAUAAUUUAAGAGAAAAAACCACAAGAGUCCAUGUUAUUCAAAAAAAUUAUGAUUUUGUUGUGGUUGGUGCUGGAAGUGCUGGAGCAGUCGUAGCUAGUAGACUAACUGAGAUUAGUGAUUGGAACGUUUUGUUAAUUGAAGCUGGACAAGAUACAAAUUAUCUAAUGGACUUACCGGCAUUAGCGGGUGUACUUCAGACAAUGCCUAUCAAUUGGAAGUAUAAAACUGUACCAAUGAAUAAUUCGUGUUUAGCAUUCAAUGAAAAACGAUGUAAGUUUCCAAGAGGAAAAGUAAUGGGCGGCUGCAGUACUUUAAACUACAUGAUUUAUACUAGAGGUAAUUGGAGAGAUUACGAUAAUUGGUCAAAAAUGGGUAAUCUUGGUUGGAAUUACAAUGAUGUACUCAAAUAUUUUAUUAAAUCUGAAAAUGCUGAACUUCCGCAGUUUGAUACAAAAUAUCAUGGUAUAAAUGGACCAUUAACAGUCAGUACUGUACCUUUUAGGACUCCUAUCAGUAAUGCAUUUGUAGAAGCUAGCAGAGAUAUAGGACUUCCUAUUAUAGAUUACAACGGUAAACAUCAAAUUGGGGUCAAUUAUUUUCAGGUAACAAUGAAAAAAGGUCAUCGUUGUAGUACAAAUAAAGCUUUUAUAAAUCCAGCAAUUAAUAGACCAAACUUAACAAUAAAAAAAAAUAGCUUAGUUACAAAAAUAUUAUUUGAUCAAAAAGAAAAAAAGGCAAUUGGAGUUGAAUUCCAAACGGGUCUUACAAAAUAUCAAGUUUUUGUAAAAAAAGAAGUGAUUGUUUCUGGAGGCGCCAUAAAUUCUCCUCAACUACUUAUGUUGUCAGGGAUAGGUCCAAAAAAACAUUUAGAAGAAAUAAAUAUUCCUUUAGUAAAAGAUUUACCAGUUGGUGAAAAUCUUAUGGACCAUGUAGCUCUGGGCAGUUUAACCGUUUUGGUUAAUGAUACUAUAUCAUUAAAAUCUGGUAAGCUAAUAAGAGAUCCAAAAAAUUUAUAUAAUUAUGUAACAAACCAUGAUGGGCCUUUGACAGUUCCUGGAGGAACAGAAGCUUUAGUAUUUUUUGAUACACUUCAUCCAAAUGAUCCAAAUGGUUACCCUGAUUUAGAAUUGUUAUUAGUAUCUGGUCUAUACUCAUCAGAUGAUUUAGUACAUACUUUAUUUGGAUUGAAAAAGGAUAUAUAUGAUAAAGUUUAUAAACCAACACAUAAUAAAGAUGGAUUUGUUGUUUUACCAAUGAUAUUACGACCCAAAAGUAAAGGACGUUUAUGGUUAAAUGAUUCAAAUCCCUUGCAUUAUCCACUAAUAGAUCCUAAUUACUUCUCCGAUGAGACUGAUUUAGAUGUAGCUGUUGCUGGAGUCAGAAUAGUUCAGAAAAUGUUGAAAACUGAACCAAUGAAAAAAUUAGGUGCUAGAUUAUUACAUACACCAAUUCCUGGAUGUACUCAAUAUCACUUUGAUACUGAUAAAUAUUGGAAAUGUUCUGCAAAACAAAUAAGUUUUACAAUUUAUCAUUUAUCUGGUACUUGUAAAAUGGGACCUCAUACAGAUGUUACAGCUGUGGUUAGUCCAAGACUCGUAGUCCAUGGUAUUAAAAAUCUAAGAGUAAUUGAUGCAUCAAUUAUACCUGAAAUACCUGCUGCUCAUACAAAUGCUCCAGCAAUAAUGAUAGGGGAAAAGGGAGCAGAUAUGAUUAAAGAAGACUGGAGUGUACACACAUAAAUUUUAAUUAUUUUUAUCUUAUGUUUAGUUAUUUAAAAUUGUUUAUGUAAAAAAUUAUAAGGAGACUAUUUGAUAUAGGAAAAUGGUAAAUCUCUUCUUUAUUCAAUUCCAACCCAAUCUAAGUGUAAUGAUCUGUUCAAUUACAUUUUUCUUUUGGCCAUUUAACUU